AUGGUUACAUUCAUAUGGAAUUUUCUCAUAGUUUUUGCAUACAAUAUUGUGUCUAUAUUGAUAUUCAUUUUGUGGGCUCUUCUGUUUGGAUCAAUAAAAUUUGUGGGUCCAAUUAUUUUAAUUUCUCUUGCUGUGAUUUACCUGAGUGGAUUUGUUUACAUCAGUAUAAUUUGGCAUUUGGCAAGUGUGGUUUCAGUUUUGGAAGAAUUUUAUGGGCUAAAUGCAGUGACCAAGAGCCAAGGUUUGAUCAGGGGAAAAACAGGCAUAUCUGCUGCAACUUUUCUUGUACUCAUCCUAAUUUUCUUUGGAAUUCAGCUGGGAUUUGAGUAUUUUGUGGUUCUUGGAUUUGGAGAUCAUCUUGGAGGUUAUCUUGGAGACUAUGUUCCUUUGAAGACUAAGGAUGUACAACUUGGAGAAUUUGAAGCUUGA